AUGUGCCGAAGUCGCAACAUAUUUAUCAGGUCCACUUUUAUAUCGAGCCAAGAACCUGUCAUAAAGGCGCAUGCUACUUCCCAGUUUCGAAGGUCGCCCUUGCAAGACCAGCACUUGAUGCCAGGACAAAAGUACAAGAUAUUCCUGGAGUUGGAGAUGCCAGAGUCUGAAGCCAAUCAGAGGAUAGGAAUGUUCACGGUGAAGUUGGACAUGCUCUCGAAGGAAGGUAAUGUUGUGCGAUCCUCUCUCCGCUCGGGAAGCCUGCGUUACAAAUCUUUCGUGGUACGCCUCUUCUACACUCUGCUCUACAUUCCCAUGUUUCUGUUCGGAUCGGCCGAAGAGAAACAGGUGGUCUUGAUUGGACUGUUCGAAAGCUACGAGGAGCCAUACAUGCAGCCGUCGACGCACGCGGAGGUGGAAUUGCGGAACGAGUUCAUCGAGGUUUACACGGCCACGCUGAAGAUUUACGCCGACUUUAGCGGCCUCAGGUACAUUCUGUACUACUGGCCACUGCUGUCCGCACUCGUAGGAAUUUCUACAAACGUCUGCUUCAUCUGCAUGGUGUCAGUCUUGUCCUGGAUACGGUUUGCUCCGAUCAGAGAGAGGCAACCAAAGCCACCGACCUCUGAAGCAGACGAUAAUGAAGACAAGGAGCAAUCUUCAAACACGGAAGAAACCUCAGCUGCUCCAGAUGAAGGUCAGUCGGACGUGGUCCAAGAAACUGCCAGCACGUCCAGAACCACAGUGAGGAGGCGAAGAGAUCUGGAGCAGAGGGACUGUGCUGUGCUGAACCAGGUUCUGGACGAAGCCGAAGCCGCCACUAGCUAAGUGCGAGGCUGAACGUCUAUCGUGGCAUGCGAGAUAUGGAUGGAUUAUAUUGAUUAAUUAAUUGAGCUCAACUUCGAGUUUCACUCCUAUCAUUGCUGCGCGAAAUGUCAAAGGUGAAGCCCGCACGCAAAGUUACCCUAUUUCAUAUAUCUCCGACUUGUGUGCAGUAAUAUUUGAGAAGUGCGAUACUACUUCUCUAUGCAAGUCAAUAUAAAUUCUUAAUUUUCUUUAUCUAUUGCGGUUGACUAUGAUGGGGUUGUACAGCUCUAAGAGUGUGAAAUAUUGUACCUUUCGAUGAGAAACCCAGAUUAUUUUUGUGAAAUAGUAUUUUGAAUAAAAUAAAAGCUUCGGAACGCAGAAUGGACAAAUGUUUUCCAGUGGAUUUGUAGAGUUGUACAAAUUCUGUACUAUACUUGCAAAAAGAGGUACCGAGUCUUGUGCUUGGUUUGAUACCUCAGCUUUGUGAUAGUACCCCAUGAUAGUUUUCAGAAUUAGAGGUAAACGGAAAAGCGCAUUGGGAAAGGUGGCGUGAUAUGACGUUGGGUAUCACGUGAGGUGUGGUGAUGCAGAUGGCAAGAGUGGAAAGCACAAGAUGUCAGGCCUUUCGUCAGGAUGGCUCCACCGAGGAAAGUUCUUGCCUUGUGUACUUGCAGUAUGAACUCGUUCAAGAUUGUAAAGAUUCCUGAGCAUCUGGACAGGGUUUGAGUUGAAUGCAUAUGUAAGAGAUAAUUUCGAAAUAUUAAGAUAUAAUAUGUUAAGAACUCUCAAACACAGAGAAACAAUCGUGCUAGAAUCUGCCCACAACGUGUGGCAACACAGCUGUUCCUGUGUUUCAGCUGAGAGUGUGAAAGGUUGCACAGCUACUCAGGAUUUUUGGAUGAAAUACUGCACUUGUGAUAAAUCAGAAAAUAAGUCUAUUCAAUUUUAUGGAUGCAGAAUUACUGAAUUCAAUUCUCUCUAAUAAAGGCCUCUUAGCAGUUAAACAGUGCACCGAAGUAUAUAUUACACACUUAGCAUUGCUGGAAGCCCUGUUCCAUUCAUCAAGUGGUCUAUGUGAACAGACCACCGUACAAAAUAUUUUUUUUCUGGACAAUGCCUCGCAUCUUUUGUGUUGCGCCGUAUAAUUUACGAAAAAACCCUGAAAACACCUUGAAAUUUUGGACACCAUUUUCAAAGGCACAAUAUAUACACUGUUGAGGAACGCUUCAAAGCCCCCCUUUCCCAGUGUUUAUUUUUACAGUACAGAAUAAACAUAAUCUUGGCACUA